GGCGGGGCUCGAGGGUGAAGAGCGGACCGCGCGUCCCGGCGCUGGGGCGGGGCACAGUGGGGCGGGAUAGAGGCAGGCGCCCGGCGACCGAGGCGCUUGGUAGCUGCAGGAGUGCGCAAGGAGCGUUGUGUGUCAGUUUCCAAAGGAAGAAGCUAGCGGUGCCGAGUGCCACGCACACAGUACUGGGAGAAGAGAAGAGCCUGAAGGAGAGAAAAGAGAAUUAUUUUUCUUCAGAUAGUCCCAGAAGAAACAAAAAAGGCUCAAAGUAUCACCUCCCCUGCACAUUCCCAUCAAAAUGGCUGCUCUUGGACACACAUUCCCCUUCUAUACUGACCCUAAGCCAACAUUCCCAAUGGACACCGCCUUGGCUGUUAUAAUCACCAUCUUCCUGACUGCACUGGUCACCUUUUUCAUCAUCCUGCCUGGCAUUCGGGGUAAGACGAGGCUGUUCUGGCUGCUGCGGGUGGUGACCAGCUUAUUCAUCGGGGCUGUGAUCCUAGCUGUGAAUUUCAGUUCUGAGUGGUCUGUGGGCCAAGUCAGCACGAACACAACCUACAAAGCCUUCAGUCCUGAGUGGGUCAGCGUGGACGUGGGACUGCAGAUUGGUCUUGGAGGAGUCAACAUCACACUCACAGGGACCCCAGUGCAGCAGCUGAAUGAAACCAUUAACUACAAUGAGGAGUUCAAAUGGCACCUGGGUGAGGACUACGCAGAGGAGUAUGCAAAGGCCCUGGAGAAGGGGUUGCCAGACCCCGUACUCUACCUGGCUGAAAAGUUCACCCCACGAAGCCCAUGUGGCCUGUACAACCAGUACCGCUUGGCAGGUCACUAUGCUUCAGCCAUGCUGUGGGUGGCCUUCCUUUGCUGGUUGCUGACCAAUGUGAUGCUGUCCAUGCCAGUGCUGGUUUAUGGUGGCCACAUGCUGCUGGCCACUGGCAUCUUCCAGCUUUUGGCACUAUUCUUCUUCUCCAUGGCCACAUCGCUAACCACACCCUGUCCCGUGCGCUUUGGCACUGCGGUGCUGCGUACUCACCAUGGGCCUGCAUUCUGGAUCACAUUGACCACAGGACUGCUUUGUAUGCUGCUGGGCCUCGUCAUGGCAGUGGCCCACAGGAUGCAGCCUCACAGGGUAAAGACGUUCUUCAAUCAGAGUGCAGAGGACCCUGUACUGGAGUGGAGUCCUGAAGAAGGGGGGCUCCUGAGCCCCCGCUAUCGAUCCAUGGCUGAGAGUCUUGAGCCCCAGGACAUUCCCCUGUCAGUAGCUUCCUAUGAUGCAUGUUUUAAGGAGGAGCACUCCAAAGAGUUGGACUGUGCCCUCUAACAUUCCUCUCCUGGUGGUCACCUGAAUUUCAGUCUGUUUCAGACUUCACUGAAGCCCCUGGAAAACCACUAGAACUACCCACAAGGUGGGUUUGUGUUGUAUUAGAUCCCAACUCCAAUCUGUAGGUGUAACAGAAAAAUGAGACUCUACUUAUUGAAGUCAAAUAAUGAACAAAAGUCCUAAGGUGCUGAAAAGAUGUUGGAUGUGUCCAUAAACUUUGUUGCCAUGGUAAGAUCAAGCAGAGGUGGCCCUUAUUUCUGUAUUGCAGCUACCUUCCUGGAUGUUUUGCCUCUUCAAGGUGUUAAUCUCCCUCUCUUAACAAAUGUGGGAUGUGGAAAGUGGGCUGCAGUGUGAUUUUCCUGUGACCCCCUCAGUGCCUCUCACUUGUUUUUUUGCAGGGCCUCUGGGCCCCUUCCUUUUCUUUUUUUGUUUCUCAGCUUGUGUGACCUCUGGGCCUGCCUUGGAAGGAGACCAACAUCUCAUCCCAUGUCUAACAUUAACCAGCUGUGUCAUAUUCUCUUUGUGCUCCAGUCCCCAAAUAAUGCUAUCUAAGAUUGCAGGACUUGCCAAGAACCUUAAAAAAUAAAA